AUUCUUCACAUUGCUGUCCUCCGCGGUGAUGCAUCCCUAGUAGAGAAAUUAAUUCUUUAUGGGUGUGAUCUCAACACUCAGUCAACUGAUGGUCAGACGUGUCUGCACAAAGCCAUUAAGUUAUGCUACAUGACUGAGAGGACUAUGAAGGAAACUGACACAUUAAAAAAGAUAUCCAAUGAAUACUACAAUGGGGCGUUACCUCCUGAGAAGGGACUGGUGUUCUAUCUUCUUGACAAUGGAGCUAGUUUAGAUAUAAAGGACGAUGCAGGCAAUCUACCAAUCGACUAUGCUAAGGAUCACGUGAUCAAUCAGAUGAUCUUGCUAAGGUCACCUAUAGAGGAUAUUGUAUAUUCAAAAGAUGCACCACCAAGUACUAGUAAUCUUUCCGUUGAAGUCAAGUCAUCAAACAACCAAAAAGUUGAUCUAGGAUACCAUGACGUGUCAAUCUUUAUCCCUCCUGGCGCUGUUCUCCAUGAUGACAAGGGCGAGAUCACACUUACAGUCUUACGAGAGCUACCCGGUUUCGACCUUCACGAAGAUGAAUCAGUUGCCUGCUAUGGAAUCAGAUGUGAUCCUCCACAUAUGGUCUUCCAGUAUCCUGUUGAAAUUAAAAUACCACACUCUUCAGUGGUCAUUAAUCCAGAUCAAGUGAAACCAGACAUCGUUUCUCGUGUAUGGGACUCGGUCAAUGAUCUACCAAGAACUUCAAGACAGAGAUCAUCCAACUCAUCGGACGAGCCACCAUUCUGCAGAAUAUACGAAAGGCAUCUAGAGCUCUACAUCACCCACUGUGCUGAGUGGUGGGUUCUUAUUCCUCUUGAACAACAGGUGAUCCGACGGAAACUUAUGUGCACUCCAUACAUCCCAGAUAAGAUAGAGAAGAGUCAAGAAUUUUCAAUAAAUCUCCAGAUGUAUAACGAUCUUCCUGGGACCGAACGGAUUUUACGAGAGGAGGCGAAGCAACAAUUUUACCACAGAUGUCACUGCUCAGUACCUUUCAGCAUUGAACCCAGGUCUGGUGACGUCAUCAUCACGUGCCAACGUGAUGGAGAAGAAAUCGAAAGCCAGGUCCUCUCUGUGAGGGAUCUUCAAACCAAGUUGAAACAGUGCGUUUCACUAUACGUACCUCCAUGUACAGAUGAUGUUGACUUUACAGCGAUUACAAUAACAAUUGCACAGUCUGGAAAGCACGGGAUAUCACGAUCUAUUGCUUUUGUCCCAAGAUACAUAGAUGGACCAGAGUGGCCAUCUCCAUCUGAACACAUAAACUUCAGUCGGUAAGUCUCCAUCAGUUUAAACGUUUAGAAGCCGGGUUG